GGAAAUGAAAAAUGGAGAAUGUACAACUUUGAGAGUCCAAUUACCUUCUAAGCUUCGCACUUGAGGGGCCAAAAGAGAUAUUUUUCUUUCGAGAAAACUUAUCGAGCUUAUUUAAUUUCAGUCGAACCUCUCCACAGGAAGGGGUGUAACCUGGUCGCGUGACCGUCCUCCGAGCCCUGGGAACGAGGUUGCGAAGACCUCGUUCCCAGGGCCCAUUCGGAGUUGAUUCCAAGAUGGCGUGGUUGAAGUAGCAAGCAGUUCAGUACCAUGACUUCUGGAAGAAUUUUAUGCAUUGGUCUCGUGGCUCUUGAUAUUGUAAACACAUGUGAACGUUACCCUGAAGAAGAUGAAGAUUUAAGAGCAAAUUUCCAGAGAUGGCAAACAGGAGGGAAUGCCUGCAAUACUUGUACUGUACUGAACGAGCUUGGCGCGGAUUGUGAAUUUUUUGGUUCCAUGUCAUAUGGUCUACAGGCUGAUUUUAUUCGUAAGCAUAUGGAGGAGCGAAAACUACGUUACAAGUGUGUUUGUCACACAAACUGUGGGACGCCAACAUCUUCUGUCAUUCUCAAUCUUCAAACGGGGAGCAGAACCAUUGUACACGCGAGAAAUAAUCUACCAGAGCUUAAAGUUGAAGACUUCGAAAAACUAAAUCUAUCAGACUACAGGUGGAUUCACUUUGAAGGUAGGAGAAACGAGGAAGUCAUUGUGAAAAUGAUAGAAAUAAUCGAGAAAUUUAAUACAAUGAAGUCGUGCACCAACCAAGUCAAAGUUUCGGUAGAGUUGGAAAGGCCAAGAGAUUCUCUUCUGCAGUUGUUAAAAAAGGGCGACGUCGUGUUUAUUAGCAAAGAUUUCGCUCGCUCUCGUGGAUUCUCGUCGUCUGCAGCGACUCUCAAAUCACUUCACAGCCAGCUCAAGUUCGGUGCCACAGCCAUUUGUGCUUGGGGAGAGGAGGGUGCGGAUGGAGUUGGUCCUGAUGGUGAAGUGAAACACAGUGAUGCCUACCCCCCAGAGAAAGUAACCGACUCUCUUGGAGCUGGGGACACUUUUAUUGCUGGUGCUAUUUACAGCUUUUGUAAAGGGUUGUCAUUACAAGACGCACUGAAUUUUGCUUGUUUUUUGGCAGGUGUUAAAUGUGGUAUGCAUGGAUAUGAUGGGUUAGUUAAAGAAGCUCUAAAACAUAAUAAGUGGCCAGAUCUUUUGGUCCAGGACUUAGUGGAAGAGGAGGAUGGGGCUUAAUUGUAGUCUUUAUU